GAGAUGCACUGUCAGUGUGUGUCAUCAAAUUCAAGAGUUUGAAGUUUUUUCCUAUCGAUCACUUUUGUUGGCUUGUUUGGCUCUCAAUAUUCGCAGGUAUUUGAUUUUCAAAUCUCUGAACCGCUGUAACUGGAAAGUAAUCACAGGGUUGAUCAAAGUAAACUAUAAAAAAUAAUGGCCAACUACAACCCAGUCGAUUUGGUUGAAGAGGACGCCGCGGAUUUGCAAUUCCCCAAAGAAUUCGAAAACGCCGAAACUCUACUCAUCAGCGAGGUUCACAUGCUACUAGAACAUCGAAAAAACCAAAAUGAAUCCUCCGAGGAAGAGCAGGAGUUCUCUGAAGUGUUCCUGAAAACCUACAACUACACCGGUCUUUUCCGGAAGUUUAAAAACAAGGAAACUAUUGCCAGUGUGAGAAGUCUGCUGAUGUCCAAGAAACUACACAAAUUCGAAUUAGCUGCACUGGGUAAUUUAUGUCCGGAGGCGCCGGAAGAGGCCAAAGCUUUGAUUCCUUCCCUUGAAGGGCGUUUUGAGGAUGAGGAACUAAGACAGAUAUUAGACGAUAUAGGAACCAAGCGAAGUUUGCAGUAUUAGAAAGGUGUUUCUCAAAUUUUCGUCCUCGAUUACAGAAUAACUUAACGAAAGGAAUAAAGUUUACUCACCAAAA